AUGAGAGCCAGUCCAGAGCUCAGAGGAACAGCAAUUCCUGUUCCUGGAGUGGACCAGGAGAGCUCAGAGGUUCCCCGUGGUCAGUCUGCCCAGCAGCAUCAACCAGACCUGGACUCCAUAUUUAUGCUGCUGGAGGAGAACAUUGUCACUUUUGUGAAGAAUGAGCUGAAGAAGAUCCAGAAGCUUCUGAUUGCAGAUUACCCAGAAUGCUUAGCAAGUCAGAUGGAGGAUGAAGAGAUGUUGGACAGUGAGGAUGAGGAGCAGAAGAGGAGCAGCAGAGAGGCAUUUCUGAAGAUCACACUGGACUUCCUGAGGGGAAUGAAGCAGGAGGAGCUGGCUGACUGUCUGCAGAGCAGACAUAUUGCUGCAGUUUGUCAAAUUAAACUCAAAGCUAAGCUGAAGAAGAAGUUCCAGUGUGUGUUUGAGGGGAUUUCUAAAGCAGGAAACCCAACCCCUCUGAAUCAGAUCUACACAGAGCUCUACAUCACAGAGGGAGGGACUGGAGAGGUCAACAAUGAACAUGAGGUCAGACAGAUUGAAACAACAUCCAGGAAACCAGACAGACCAGAAACAACCAUCAGACAAGAAGACAUCUUUAAAGCCUCACCUGGAAGAGAUGAACCAAUCAGAACAGUGAUGACAAAGGGAGUGGCCGGCAUUGGGAAAACAGUCUUAACACAGAAGUUCACUCUGGACUGGGCUGAAGACAAAGCCAACCAGGACAUACAGUUCACAUUCCCACUCACCUUCAGAGAGCUGAAUGUGCUGAAAGAGAAAAAGUUCAGCUUGGUGGAACUUGUUCAUCACUUCUUUACUGAAACCAAAGAAGCAGGAAUCUGCAGGUUUGAUCAGUUCCAGGUUGUGUUCAUCUUUGACGGUCUGGAUGAGUGUCGACCUCCUCUGGACUUCCACAACACUGAGAUCCUGACUGAUGUUACAGAGUCCACCUCAGUGGACGUGCUGCUGACAAACCUCAUCAGGGGGAAACUGCUUCCCUCUGCCCGCCUCUGGAUAACCACACAACCUGCAGCAGCCAAUCAGAUCCCUCCUGAGUGUGUUGACAUGGUGACAGAGGUCAGGGGGUUCACUGACCCACAGAAGGAGGACUACUUCAGGAAGAGGUUCAGAGAUGAGGAGCAGGCCAGUCGGAUCAUCUCCCACAUCAAGACAUCACGAAGCCUCCACAUCAUGUGCCACAUCCCAGUCUUCUGCUGGAUCACUGCUACAGUUCUGGAGGAUGUGUUGAAAACCAGAGAGGGAGAAGAGCUGCCCAAGACUCUGACUGAGCUGUACAUCCACUUCCUGGUGGUUCAGACCAAACUGAAGAAUGUCAAGUAUGAUGGAGGAGCUGAGACAGAUCCACACUGGAGUCCAGAGAGCAGGAAGAUGAUUGAGUCUAUGGGAAAACUGGCUUUUGAGCAGUUGCAGAAGGGAAACCUGAUCUUCUAUGAAUCAGACCUGACAGAGUGUGGCAUCGAUAUCAGAGCAGCCUCAGUGUACUCAGGAGUGUUCACACAGAUCUUUAAAGAGGAGAGAGGGCUGUACCAGGACAAGGUGUUCUGCUUCGUCCACCUGAGUGUUCAGGAGUUUCUGGCUGCUCUUCAUGUCCAUCUGACCUUCUUCAAUUCUGGAGUCAAUCUACUCUCAGAAGAACAGUCAACGUGGACCUACUGGUGGUCUAAACUAUUUAGAUACAAACCCGAAUUAACACAUUUCUACCAGAGUGCUGUGAACAAGGCCUUACAGAGUCCAAAUGGACACCUGGACUUGUUCCUCUGCUUCCUCCUGGGUCUUUCACUGCAAACCAAUCAGACUCUCCUACAAGGCCUAAUGACAAAGACAGGAAGUUACUCACAGACCAAUCAGGAAACAGUCCAGUACAUCAAGAGGAAGAUUGAAGACACUACCUCUGCAGAGAAAAGCAUCAACCUGUUCCACUGUCUGAAUGAACUGAAUGAUCAUUCUCUAGUGGAGGAAAUCCAACAGUCCUUGAGAUCAGGAAGUCUCUCCACAGAUAAACUAUCUCCUGCUCAAUGGUCAGCUCUGGUCUUCAUCUUACUGUCAUCAGAAAAAGAUCUGGACCUGAAGAAAUACUCUGGUUCAGAGGAGGCUCUUCUGAGGCUGCUGCCAGUGAUCAAAGCCUCUAAAAAUGCUCUGUAA